AUGUCAUCAUUCCACCUCUUUUGGGCAUUGCUUGUGAGGCGAUGUUUCUGCCUCACCCCAAGUCGGGAAGUCCAUUUCGAAGCUGCGCAGGCUCAGCAUGCAGCAGUCGUACAGUCACUGGCGCUACUGACAGCUGAGUACUCGCAUGGCUCACCUAGCUUUGCAACCUGGACAGCAGGCUUACGGGCCUUGCUGGUGAAGGCGCAGGCUGAGGAAGAUGACGAAUUCGAUCGCUUGGCCCCACCUCCGCCUGAAUGGCCCUCUCUGCACAACGUCCUGAAGCUGCGGGUCAUGCCGUCUGCGCGGUUCGCGUUGGCCGCGUAUUCAAACAGGCUGUACGGACUGGUCUCGCCGGGCACGGCUUGCUUGACAUUGGCAUGCUGCAUCUCAGAACGUCGAGCCUUCGUUCGCAUGAGUGGCAUCAGCGAUGACGACGUGCUGGAUGCCGAGACUGUGGCUCAUCCAUUCAAGCCUGUAUGGUGGGUGUGUCGCGACCGAGAAAGCUCGGCAAUUGUUGUCUCCAUCCGUGGCACUUUCAGCAUGUCAGAUGUGCUGGCAACACAAGUGCUGCACAAGGAGCAUAUGAUGCAUGAAGGUGUGCUGGCAAGUGCCCUCUGGGUGUUUAACAGAGUGGCUCCACUUCUGCAAAGACACGUGGCUUCUACUGAGUCAGGAAAGAUCAUUAUCACAGGCCACAGCUUGGGCGGAGCUGUUGCAGCCGUGCUGGCCUGGUUGCUUCGUGAUGAAGCUGGCAUACCAGUGCGAGCCUUCGUGUUCGGUGUUCCAAAGGUCAUUGAUCAGGCGUUGGCUCGCAAGAUGGAGAAGUUUGUCACCGGCAUUAUCCAUGCCAAGGACAUGAUACCAAUGCUCUCCCAGAAGUCGGUGGAAGAUCUCCGCCUGCAUGUGACAGAGGCCUCUCAGACAGCAGAGGACCAGCUGGAAGAGCUAAGAGCAGUGCUGGCAAAAUUUCAUCUCCCAACAGAGCCAGCACGGCUACAAGAUGCCCUGCAGCAGCGGCAGAUUCAGACUCCAAGCCCGCGACGCCUUACAAGCACCUCAACAUCUACAACUGUCUUCGAGGAUGCGGCUGCCGACGCUGCAGAGCUCCCGGCUAUUCCUAUGCACAAUCCAGGUUGGCAGCUGCAUUUGAGAAGAAGGGCGAUUGGCACGCGGACUCGGGAACUGAAGCCCAUCUUGUGGAGAAGUUCGAUGGAGGAUUUCUUGAUAACAGUCUCAACGCCCAGCGCAGCAUCUAUGCACAGUGUCCGGCCGGCGUGGACCAUGUGGCAGGAUCAUUGGCCACAGGCACAAUGCCCGGUGGCAUCUUGA